AUCAGACUGACUACCGGUACAAAUGUAAAUGCAGAAGUCAGAGCCAUAAACUGGGCGCCUGCUUUCGCCUUAGUUGAUCUGUUUGUUGAACAGAGCUAACUUAGCUAUGUUAGCUCGGAGAGCUAGCUUCAGGUUUGCUAGCGCAGAGAGUUGUGUCACAGUAGCAGACUGUUUAAUGUUGAGGAGUCAGCAGGACGCAUUUUUCGCGGAUUCUGUCGGAUUUCUGCUGAGGUCGGGACAUCCUCCAGGAUACAGUUACAGAUAAAUAACUGUCUCCUCAGUGUUUUCUGGUGGCCAUGUUGGGACAUCAAAUGUUGCCUGUCAUCUUCAUAACCUUGCCUGCACCUUAAGUCAGCCAUCUGACUCAAACACACUGCUUGACUCUAAAAAAAAAAGGUGUUGAUGUUGUGAAAACUUCAGUUUCUUGACAUUUUUAAAGAAAAAUAAAUGUACUGAGUGUAAGGAAGGAGGUGGUGUGUCUUGUGAAGCCAGUGCAUCUUGUUUUGUCAGCAUCUGACGACGACCUGAUCAUGGCAGAAUCCAGCUCACAGCCAACAACUGCAGCAGACCCACUGAUUGAACACAGCAAAGAGGAGCCAGCUCUCAUCAAAGAAAGCCCCCCCAAAGAACUUAUUGUAACUAUGACAAUGGAGGAGUUACACCUUGAAACCAAAGUCCCACGCAGCAAUGGCGCUGCUGACAACUCUCUUUCCGCCAAAGUCCCUGAGGAAGAGGCCACUCCCACACCACCAGAAUCGUCGCCAAGUCCGUCGGAAAACGAAACCCUGACCAUCGGUACCACAGAAGAUGAAACUCUGUCAGUUCUACCAACACACAUCAAGACAGAGGGAGGAGCAGACAGAGAGCCAGGUCUUGACCUGGACAUGGAGGAGAGCUCCUCAGUGAUGACAGCAGGUGGCUCUGAUGAUCAGCGGGAAUCCACCGACUCUGCAUCGUUCUCUAUCCCCAGUCUGGAGCUUUCAGAUGGGGUCACAGCCACAGGGAACUCUCUGGACAUGGAGGAUGGCUUGUCCUCGUCCUACUCUGCUCUGGGUGUUGAGGGCUGCUCUCCGUCCACUGAAGUUCCCAGUCUGAAAGACGAGGCACUGGAAGCUGCUGGGGCGGCUGUUGUUGCUGCAGCUGCUUCUCCUCAUCCUGGUGCUGCUGCUGCAGCUGCAGUCCCAGAAGCUGGACCCUCCAUGCCAGCAUACUACCUGGUGAAGUGGAUCACGUGGAAAGAGAAGAAGACUCCCAUCAUCACUCAGAGUGAGAACGGACCCUGCCCUCUGCUGGCUAUUAUGAACACGCUCUUCCUGCGCUGGAAGGCUAAGCUUCCUGCUCAGACUGAAGUGGUCACCACUGAGGACCUUAUGGCUCACCUGGGAGAGUGUGUUUUAUCUGUCACUCCCAGAGAGAAGGCUAAUGGCAUGGAGCUCAAUUUCCAACAAAACAUGAGCGAUGCCAUGGCCGUCCUUCCAAAGCUGUCCACUGGUCUGGAUGUUAAUGUGCGUUUCACUGGAGUCACGGACUUUGAGUAUACACCUGAGUGCAUCGUGUUCGACCUGCUGGACAUCCCGCUGUACCACGGCUGGCUGGUAGACCCACAGAGUCCAGAGAUGGUGGCUGCUGUGGGAAAACUGAGUUACAAUCAGCUGGUAGAGAAAAUCAUUGACUACAAACACUCUGCAGACAGCCGCAGAGUCAGUGAAGGUCUGGUGGCAGAGCAGUUUUUGGAGUCGACAGCGACCCAGUUGUCAUAUCAUGGUCUGUGUGAACUCAAUACAACCGCCAAAGAAGGAGAGAUCUCUGUGUUCUUCAGAAACAACCACUUCAGUACCAUGAUCAAACACAAGGGUCAUUUAUACCUGCUAGUCACAGACCAGGGCUUUCUGCAGGAGGAAGGUUUGGUUUGGGAGUCUCUUCAUAACGUUGAAGGCGAUGGAAACUUCUGCGACUCAGACUUCAGACUGUGUCAUCCUCCUCAGAGAACUCCUCCCACCUCCCACUUGCUGCCGAGCACUCAGGAGCAGCAGAGGCAGAUCGACCAGGACUACCUGGUAGCAGUGUCGCUGCAGCAGCAGCAGGGAGGGGCCCCGGGACCACUUAGUGACUUGGAGUUGGCCCGGCAGCUCCAACAGGAGGAAUACCAGCAACAACAGCAACUCCAGCAACAGCAUCAAGCAGGAUCGGUGCAGACAACACAGCAGGUCAGAGGUCAGGGGUCACAGCAAUCCAGGAGAAGAGAAAAAGACUCAGACUGUGUCAUCCUAUAGACUCUAAAUCAUAAUUAUCGUUGGUAACACCUUGAAACUCUCCAGUGUGUCUGCUGUCGGGGAGUUCACGCACACACAGACACACAGAGUCAGUUUGAUGCCAAACCCCAGUGCUUUUUGUCUAAGCAGGUCACAGCUUGUUUCAGCCAUGAUUCCAGUUUGUAAAGGUGUAAGAGUAAAAAGUGGAGUCUGGUGGAACACACGGGUACCGCUGACUGAAAUCUGCCUUUCUGAAGGGCUUAUGUAGUCACUGAGGUCUUUAUUUAACGUCAGUAAACUCAUUAACUGCUGCUUGUAGAUCAGUUUUAAUCAUUGUGUAGAAGAACUUUGUGUUGCCAAGUCAAAAACUGUGAAAAUGUCAGUCAUUGUUUUGGAUGAAUGGACAAACAAGAGAUGUCUGCGGAAGUCACAUCAGAUUUUUAACGUUUUCUGACAUGAAAACUAAUUAGUGGAACAAAAUUUUAAUGUAAUGUGGUUUGGUAAUCCAUCACUUGCACAUGCUGUCAUAUUGAUAAUAAUCAGAUUGUUCAUACACUUUAACUGCACUGUCACACUUCUACCACCCCCACUGAGUCAAUUCUUAUUUCACCUAAAAUCUAAAAAUAAAUCUGAAUAUCUGUUUAUUGUUUUUUACUGCAAUUGUGGAACAAAUUAUAGCAGCAAAAUGUGAUGAUCACAAUGAACAGGUGAUUUCCAGCUGUUGUUGCUAAUAUUCAACAGUGCAGCACUUAAAAGGAUAAUUCUGAUCUAUUUCAGCCACAUAUAUCUCCUAUUUACAAAUGUUUUGUGUAUUCAUGGGUCUUGCUAACAUUAACCUUUGGCCUUUGUUGUGGAGUUGAGUCGCACAAAGUGGCAUUUAAUCAGAAAAAAGUGUAAACUGUGUGGUUUUACAACAAAAAAAAACCUAGAAAUUGUUUGAAAAAUUUGCUACAAAAUGAGAUCAAUGAAACUGUACCUGAUAAAAUCACUUAAAAUUUGGCAUUUUGAAUUAUCCUUUAAUGUCAUAAGAGAAAUGACUGGUUUAGUUUCUAUUACAGUUCAAUGGAAAGAAUAGGAAUUUGGCUCCAGUGCAAUUUAGUUUAGUUUUUUUUUUUUCUUUCUUUCUUCUUACCUACAAAUUAACAUAAACUUAAGAUUUCAAAUGUCUAAUUUUGUUCAAUUAAAUGUCCAAAAACUCAGAUAUUAGGUUUUAAGUGACACCUGACAAAUAAAAUCAGUAUUUGUGGGAGUGUCUGACAUUUUUCACCGUUUUUGGCUGCCAAAGUACAAUUUCCCUUGAUUUUUAAAUUCAGCUGUGAGCCAAAGAAUCCCACAGACAUAAAUAAGCUCACAUGUAGUUUUCAGUAAUGACUUUAACUGUUUAUUAACCUACUAUAAGGACAUCCUGUAAAGGCUGAAUAAACAAAGAUUUAAUUAGAGAUGACACCUCUAAAAGAUGAAGGGAAACUAUCUGAAGGCCUGUUUACUUCAUGGGCUAUUUUCACUGGUCAAAAUCAGAAUUUCUUUACAGGAAAUUCUUUCUUGUUGAGAAACUUGAAUUUAAGUGGACGUUAUGGAGAAUUUCUAAGAGGUAAUCCGUUAAAAAACUAAUAACUGUCAGAUGUUGUGAAUGUUACAUACACUUGAAUCUUAUCCUCCUCUACAAAGUAAACAUUACAGUGUCUUUGAUGAGACUAAUGGCUUUUUAAUGCAUAUGGAAGGUGAAUUUGAAACCAGUGUUAGCAAGUUACUCAAACACAGGAAUUCAUUUUUAACUUAAUUCAGAUCUCCAGUUGUUUUUGUUUCCCAGCAGAUACGUGUUCAUUGAAGGUUUAGCCUGUUAUUUUUCUCUUAUUUAUGAUUUAUUUUCUUAUCAUUUCCAAUUUUUUCGGUAAGAUUUAGGAUGUUUACUAACAUAACUGCAGUUUUGUUUGUGUAAAAUUGUGUAAAAACCAAAAAAGCAAGACUCUAAUAUCUAAAGAUGUCCAGCGGGAGGUUUGCCUUUUUCCUUACCGUUGGAUUUGACUUUAAAAAGUUGAAGACGUGCGUUUAUAGUUUCGGCCCAAAGUUCGAAUGGAGCAGAGGAAAGCAGUAUUGCAACCCUGUAAAAAGAAGUCAGAUUGUAUCCAAACAGAAAAUGACUCCAGUAAAACUCUUCUUGUCAGUAUGUCGCACAUUUGAAAAACUGGUUCCGAUUAAAAAGAAUGAAUACAGCUGGUUUUACUGAAAGACACGGCUAACGUGAUUUACAAGCUAAUCCUCUAGCAUACACGGUUUUUGCCCCUUAAAGAUAAUUCUGCUUGUUAAAUCUGUAAGUGAAGCUUAUCAGUUAUGUUUCGUCUAAAACCUCUUUAUUUAGACUGUUGUCAAACUUUUCAGUAUUAUUAAGAUACACACAUCUUAAUAUCUUAACAUAAAUGUACACACUAGUACCUCAGAAUGAUAAAUAAUGGAAAUUCACUAACUAUAUUGUAAUUAAACUACUCAGUAUAAAAUUGUCUAAAUAUUGGUUUAAAGUGAGCAGUUUAUUUCCAUUGUUUUUUUUUUUUCUUUUUCUUCAAGAAGCUUCUAUAGGUUUUGUUUCAGUAGGUGUUUGGCUCUGCUGUGGAAGCAAACUCAGAUCUGGAUGAAGUUUUCAAAGACAAAUUCUCAAGUGGUUUCCUUCUUUUAAACUAUGAUCUGAUUUCCUUUUUCUUCAAACUAAAACAUUAAAAAAACAAACCUGGAUUCAGUAAUUAUUGUAAUUUUAAAUAAAUAUCUUUAAAGCCACGGUAAAACAGUUAAUAUCUCAGUUUAAACUGUGUUUUGUUAUUAUUCAGCUUUCUAACCUUUCCAGUUAUGCCUGUCUGGGUGUUUCAGAUGUCACGGGUGCUUUGUUUCAUCAUUCCGGUAUUUUCUUUUUAAGGUUUUUCUUCUGUGACUAUUUGCUGCCUCCCUCUUCAAGCUUUUGUAUUUAAUUUGCCAUCUUGUCAAAUUGUCAAUAAAAAUAGAAUCUCCAUAGA